AUGGAUAUCGUCAACGCUGCCACCUCAUCAGGCCCUCCAACCGACCCCGUUACUCCGCCCGCGCAAGCAGAUAUCACAGAGUCCAACACCCCAGAGCGACCACCUGACAACGAGAACGCUCUCGCAGCAGACAUGGACACCGCCGACGACCCCCUGCCGUCUGCCAAUCAGUCGCAGCCAGAAACCCCGAUCCCUACCGCACCCGAAGCGGAGGCUGAGACUGAGACUGCUCCCGAAACCACUCCUCAGGAUACAGAUGCUACUCCCGAGGUUUCUACUGCUCCUGGGGAAACCCAGGCAUCCGAGCAGACUGAGGAAUCAGAGGCAACCGAAACACAAGAUGCCCCGCCUGCUCCAGCCCCAGAAUCGACCGAGGAACCACCUUCUCCCCCUCCUGAAGAAGAAGAGCCCGCUACUUGGGCAGAUAUCGUGGAGGAUACCUCAUCUCCAGAUGAAGAGGAGCUGAAGGAGAUUGAAGCAGGUCGCGGUGAUUACAGUGCUAUGGAAUACGACUACUGGGAGAAAUCCUUUUACAGUGAAGUCGAAGACCCAGAAUAUCGUCCCGCUCACAAGGCUCGCCUCACUUGGAAGAUCAAGGGUGUGCGAGGAACCAAGGAAAAUCCCAAUCGGGCAAAGAUUAUCAGCUCGCCGGCUGCAUACAUUGGUGGUUACUGGUGGAAACUCAAAUUUUUUCCUCGAGGUAAUGGCGUCAACUUUCUCAGUAUCUACAUCGAGUGCUCCAAAGAAAUGCCAGAGCCCGACGAGAAGAUGCUAGAAACCGAGUUUACCGUUCGCACCGGUGCUGCUUCCGACGAUCUCAAAGACACCCAGCCACAGAUGCACAUUCAGGUUCCAGCCCUCGCCAACACAAAGGACUGGUUUGAAAAUUACAAAAAGUGCUACAGCUACGCUGGAGCACAGCCCGAUGCACCAGAGUCGUCGGACGGCAGCAAGCCAGCAUGGCGAAUUCCCGCUCAGAUCGGUGUGAUCCUGUACAACCCCAAAGAGCCCCGCACCGGCUGGAUGCAAUCCUCGUGUCACCAAUUUAAUCCUCAUAAUUUGGACUGGGGUUGGACCAGUUUCCACGGCCCCUGGGAUGAAAUCCAUCUCCGUCAAAAGGGCCAGCGCCAGGCACUGCUCCGCGACGACACCUUGUCUUUCGACGCUUACAUUCGCGUCUUUGACGACCCGACCCAGUCUCUGUGGUGGCACACAAGCGAUUCCGAGCCUGUCUGGGAUAGUCUGACCUUGACUGGCUAUCGUCCCAUGGGUGAUACUGUUCUAAAUCACAGCGCCGAGGUUGCCGGUCUGGCUGCCUGGGUCCACCUUGCCCCUUUCCGAAAGAUUAUCCAAAAUAUCGACGUGCAUGAGUAUCGGCGAAAUUCCAAUGUUAAGCCACGUCCGUUCUGUGAGGCGUUGCAAGAGUUCCUCUGGCGUCUGGGCAGUAAAACUGACUCGGUUCAAUGCGUUGACACCGACAAAGUUACGUCGACCUUGCGCAACCUACAUGAAUUCUCGAGCGAUGUGGUAGAAUUCUGGGAGAGAAUGCGCCGCACUCUUGAACUGGAGCUUGAAGGCACCGGUGCUGCCGAGGAGUUGGCCCGGCUUUUUGAUAGCCCACCCGUGCCAGCUAACGAUGCAUCGGGAUCCAAGAUUGACCGCACUCUUUCUUCGCAGCUUAUUACCAGCAUCCGUAUUCCAGUUGACAAAGAUAACAAUGUCCAAGGUGCUGUUACUCGUUAUUUCGAAGACCAAUCUGGAAAAUGGUCUCUUCCACCGGUUCUUCACAUCGAUUUCAAUCGUCAACGUUUCGACCACUCUUCUCGCCAAUGGAAACUCCUCUACAAUCGUGUCGAUCUAGAUGAAACCCUCGAUCUCAGUCAAUAUACUACCAACAGCCCAUGCAGUGACUAUGAUCUGUAUGGGUUCAUUAUUCACCGUGGCCGUCGGACCUCUGGCAAGUUUUUUAGCAUCCUACGUCCCGGAGGUCCGAACUCGCGGUGGUUGGCUAUUGAUGAUGGCAGCCACAACCGUGUCGAAUGCUUGACCCGCAAGGCCGCACUAGAGGCACACGUUGGUCUCGACAAGAACAAGCUUAAAGAAGCCAAUGACAAGACUGGCCACGACUUUGCUGUUGCUGCUUUGUACGUACGUCACGAUGUAGUUGGCGAGUAUCUUCCUGGUCCAUUGGAGAAGUGGGAUAUCGCAGAUCCUCUUCGCACUUACUUCGAGACUGGGUGCUAUCCAACGUUUGAAGAAGAUUCUGACAAGGUAGCCAAGCCAGAGUCUACUGUUCAGGUCGAGGUUUAUGGCUUGCCGACCAUGGGUGAGAGCUUAGGAAGCCUCUUUGACACUUUCGACUUGAUGUCUCAGGCUAAACGUGAAAAAAAUGCGAUGUACUUGACUCUGCCCAAGAGUACUGAACUUACAGAACUUCGCAAGAAGAUCGCAUUCGCAAAGUCGAGUGAAUCUGAGCAGAUUAGCACCGACCGCGUACGGUUAUGGAAGAUUGGACACACAAACAAAAUGUCUUAUGCCACUCUACUGUUUGAUCGAAAGGAAGAUCUCACCGAGUCUCUGUCGUCAACUGAGACGGAAGUGGUCCGCUUUUGGACCCAUGUGCUGUCGGAAGAAGAAGCCAAGUCUUUCGGCAUUCCAGACCCAACGAUUGUGCCCAAGGCCGUUGAUGAUAAUAAGGUUGAGGACAAGCCUGAAAGCACGGUCGAAGUUCGUGAUACUCAAGAGUUAGACGAGGAGAGGGCGACAGCAGAAGGAUCUGGAACGACCGGGGUGAGCGGCACGCAAGCCCAGACAGGUGCAACUAAUACGGUGUCCCCGGAAGCCCAACCACAAACAGAGGACCGUACUGAGACUCCAUCAAAUGUCGAUGUGACUAUGACUGAAGAUGAGGCUAACGAUGCUGCCAUCGCUGCUGCAAUAGCUGAGGAUGUCGAUCAGAUGGACACGGAGCCCAACACGUCUUCUGCGGCUGAUGAGCAAGUACCGGCUCCUAGUGAAAGCCAGCCAGCAGCUCAAGAUACAGUCAUGGAAGACUCGCCGGUGUCUGACACUCAGGACUCCAGCUCUCAGGAUGCCACUGAUAGCUCUGCUGAGUCCUCUUCUUCUGUGGAGACAGCGCCUGAUGUAGUUAAGCCGGCUCCCCACAUGUACUACUUUAUCCAGAUAUUUGAUAUGGACAAGCAGCUGCUCCGACCUGCUGGUGCAUUCUUCUCGGCUCUAGACGUGAACAUCAAGUCUGACAUUCGCAAGCACCUUGGGUGGGAAGAGAGCAAAGACUUUUUGAUGUGGUCUCGGUUUGACGGCACUUCCAUCACUGCGUUGUCGCCCGGCCAGACAUUUUCACCCUCCCACGGCGAUGGACACUGUUUCAUUGUUGGCGACAAGAUCAACAAAGACCAGCGAUCCAAGUUUGGUGCCGCGGGGCUCUUUACGAAUCCCGAGCAUCUGGUUCAAUAUAUAUGGGCGUCCAGCCGCAACCAUCCAACGCGGGCGUUUACUGGUACGAAGACAGUUGAUGCCACGUUUAACGGAGAUUACUAUAGCGGCGAGUUCAAUAAGGGCUAUUAUCACGGUAAAGGCACGCACAUCUCUGACAAUGGCACGACAUAUUCCGGAGAAUUCGUCUUUGGGGAGCGUCACGGCCAGGGCAAGAUGGAGUAUCCAUCCGGCGACAGCUAUGAGGGUGACUGGAUGGAAGGCCAGCGUCACGGACAGGGAACAUUUAUUGAACGCAAGACUGGCAAUAAAUAUGUCGGUGGCUACAAAGACGGCAAGCGCCAUGGUAAGGGCAUCAGCUAUUGGGAGGUGGCGGACGAAGAGAUGGAUCUUUGCCAGAUCUGCUACGGCGAGGAACAGGACGCACUGUUUUACGACUGCGGGCAUGCGCAGCAGCGCAGGACAGUCGCAGGACAAGACGCCGAGGGGGAGUUUUUUUAUGAUGAUGACUAUUUUUGCAUUGGCAAGUCCGCCGCAAGCAAAUUUGCGAGCAAUGGCUACAAGGUCGCCCUUGCUUCACGAAGUGCGGAAGAUGGGGGUUUCUCACCGGAAGGGUACUUCAACAUCAAGGCAGAUUUAUCGGACCCAAGCGUUGUGUCUGUGAUAUAUGAAAAAGUGGAAAGAGCGCUUGGUCUGCCGAAUGUGGUUGUUUUUAAUGGGGCGAAUCGUCUCACAACUUCGCCGAACGAUCCUCUGGCUGCGUCUCUUGAAGAUAUCAAGAAUAGUCGCACGGUCGGUUUUGACAGUGCCUAUGUUGCCGCACAGGAAGCGCUCAAAGCAUUCAAACGCCUUCCGAGUCAAACACAAUCAGUUUUCAUAUAUACUGGCAAUGCGCUAAACCAGAUAGCCAUUCCGGGGGUUCUACCGUUCGCUGUUGGGAAAGUAGCAGCUGCUAUGCUCAUCGAGUAUGCUGCGAAUGCAUAUGGCAAAGACGGUUACAGAUUUUACUAUGCCGAUCAGCGGUUUCCGGAUGGACGACCGGUUGGGUUGCAAGUUGAUGGUGAGGCACAUGCCGAUCUGUACUGGAAACUGGCGCAGGAAUCUGGACAGUCCAAGUGGUUGGUCACAUUUGUUAAGGAUGAGGGGCGGCGUGCUUUUGCUGGGGUUGACUUUGAUGGCAAUACGCGACAGUCACCCAUUUCCAGCCGAACACCGCAUCUGAGCGGCGCACUAGCUGGAUCGGGACUAGAGCGGAAAGAGGCACGCGGCGUUGCACAAACCUUGAUCUAUUCCGCCUGUGAUGCGCCGGGGAUGUCGUCGCGCUUUCCCCCUUCCUCCGGAUUUUCAUCCCGCGGCGACCGUUCUCCCCAGCGCUAUGCCGAUAGACGCCCAGUGUCGCCGCCGCCUGCUGGAGGGCGAGAUGACCCUAAUACAGCUCCUCUAGGUCGAGAACCUCCCCGCGGCCCCAAAGCAUUGAUCGACUCCUCUCGCGGCGGCUAUAGUGGAGGAGGCGGCCGGGGUCGAGGCGGCGGUUAUCCUCCUUCGCGCGGUGGCGAGUUUCGCGACCGAGACCGAGAUCGCGACCGCGAACGACCUGGUGGUCGUGAUUUUCGAGAUGGUCCCCCGUUUCGCCGCGAUGACCGCGACCGCGACUGGGUGCGCAGAGACCGCAUAGAUCGAGACUUUGACGCCCGUGAUGGUCGCCCGGCGUUUCGACGCUCACGUUCGCCGCCGCCGCCGAGAGAUGCGCGCGAUUUCCGUGAUUCGCGUGACAGCGGUUCCGAUAUUGUGAGAAUGCGCCGCAACUCGCGAGACAGUCUUGUCUCGACAUCGUCAAAUCCCAAUGAUGGCCCGCCAGUGGGCAUCGGUCCUCCGCCGCAUCGAGGCGGCCCUGGCCGUGGCCGUGGUCGAGGCGAUUGGGAGGGUGGAGGAGGAGGCCGCGGCCGAGGUCGCGGACACUUUGUCGACGACAGAGAUCCCUUUCGCCGCCGCAGUCGAUCGCGCGAUGGCUGGUGGGAUCGCGAUCGUGACCGAGACCGGGAUAGAGAUUUUAGGGACCGAGAUCGCGAUCAUCCGCGCGAUGUCCGUGACAGAGAUUUCGACCGACGAACAGAUCGAUUCGACCGACGAGACGACGACAGAAGAGUUGAGCGUGACGAACGUGACCGUCCAGCUGAUGCGUGGAAGAAGGAUGGUGGACCUGUAUCACGACCAGAUAUUCGCAUUCCUAGCGGUCCGAGAAGCUCAUCGAUUCCACCGUCAGCUUCAUCCAGCACCUCUCGAGGCGAGCCGCCAAAAAAUCUUGACCAACCGGGCCCAGAUCAAUUUCGGAAGAUCCCUACCGCCCCCGCGAGAGAUUUUCGCCGCGAUUCUGACAGAGCUGAUAUUACGCCCGCACGCACUGAAGCUCUCAGGGAUCCCGUUUUGCCCAAGGGAUCUCCACCACCGUCUGCACCUCAAGUUCCCGCUUUUGGAUCUGUGACGCUGCCACCGACUGUCGUAUCAACAGAUAAACCUCCUCAACCAUCUACUAUUCCUCAAACGACACAACCUACAGCACCCAAGGCCGACAGACCUGCUUCGUCUUCUGCUGCUUCUGUCAAUAGUUCCAAGGAAGUCCCGAAAGAAGCCCCCACAGAACCCAAGGCUUUACGCAACGAAAACAAUGUACCACACCAAGAACCUCGUCCUCGCAGAGAGAGCAUGUCUGAGCCCUGGCGACAAGAUAUACCGCCGCGUGUUGCUACUACAAAGGCACCCCCAACGGGGCCUGCCGCAUCUCCUAACAAGUCUCUCGCCGAGCUUUCUCCUCCUACCGCUCCAGCGGCACUUUUGAAACGGGAGAGCGCAUUGGAAUCUAGACCGCCAAAUGACUCUUUUAUGAGCACCUCGCCGCCGCAAGGACCGGCUUCGACUUCACCAAUCCUCGCGCGGGCUCAAUUGUCACCUAGCGGCCGUGGAGGAUCUCCUCAGACUUCACCACGAAUGUCAUUCUCUAGUGUUCCCACUGGGCCUCGCGCUGGCGUGCGGCCAUCUGGACCGUGGCCAGCUCGCGGCGGCCAUGCCAAAAGCAAACAAUGGGUCCGUCCUGGCUAUCCUCGUGGUCCCCCCAGUACCGGUGGUGGUGGUGGUGGCCUAGGCCCUCGCCGAGAGUACGACGAUCGCGACCCGUCUGAUUAUCAGCCUCCAGUGGGCGAUAAACGUGGUGAUAUUGAUCAUCGUGAUCUAGACGAGAGGUCAGAGAAAGCUAUUUCCGAAAAACCAGAGAAUGCCAACGUCGAUGAACCGAUGUUUCUGGACGCUAUGCCACGUGCAACUUCAACUAAAGACGAAGAUGAGAAAAAGCCAGAGAAACCGCAGGAGGAGGAAGACAUUGUUGAUAAGAAGGAAAAAGAAAAGGCAACACCAGGGAAAGAGCAAGGACUGGUACCCAUACCCGAUUUUACGCGGUCGAGCGACGAAGAAGAUGAGAAUGAAGUCUUUACGGAAGAUUAUGUCCAAGAACGAAAGGCCUUGUUUGAAAGGAGUAUACGAGCUUUGAAGGCUGAACUUCCGCCACCAACAUUACAAGAUCCAGUUAUCGUCGAUUUGCUGAUGAAAGUUCAAUUGUUGGGCAUGAUAGCAGAUGGCAGCGCUCCUGAGGAGCCUGAGCCAUCGGCUGUAGAGACCAAUGUGGAACAAUCCAAGAAAGUUCUUCCUGCCGAGACCUACAAAACCGAGAUGGAGAUUGACGAAAAGGAGAGUGUAACAGCACCCGCUGCGGAAGUUACCGUUGCGCCCCCGGAAUCAGUCAACAAAGAGCUAAUCACGGUGGAGAGCUUGCCAUUCCUUAACUCUGGACCUCUUACUCCUUUAUCAGAACUUGAUGUCUAUCAGGAGAACUCCCAAAUACACGAGCGUCUAAAAGAAACCACCCGCAACGCACUUUCCAAGCAGCGCCAGGAAACAUCACAAAACAACAAACAGCUCCGAGAAGAGUUUGCAUCAUUCUACCGACCCUGGCGCAUGGCUGUUCAGGACAUGGAUGACAAGAAACAGAGUGAACGCAAGUCCAGCUCUCCUGCUGCAUCUACGCCACCCGUCACACCGCUUCCUCCUCCGAUUCCCGAUGGCCGAGAAGGCAGACGGUACAAAGGCAAUAGUGAAUUGGACUUUCAAAAUGCUCUUCGGGCUUCUGCCAUCUCCGCGCAAGAAGAAUCAGAGCGCCGUCGCCGCACGGAAGCGACGGCACGGCCUGAUCUUGACCGAGAAGCGGUGGUUCCAAAUAUGCUCCCCAAGUACGAAGUUAAACCAGGUGUUUACAAGGAUACCAACAACUGCGUUGAGGUCAAUGAUGCUUUUGCAGUCUACGGCUUCUAUCCACCAGAAGACGACUUUACGCCCGAAGAACACAAGCUGUUUACUGAUGCCUUUAUGGCGUACCCUAAGAAAUGGGGGAAAAUCGCAGACGAACUCCCUGGACGGACCUUUUCGCAAUGUAUCAUGCAUUACUAUCUGACCAAAGAGGAAAUCAAAUACAAAGCCAAGCUCAACAAGAGAUGGAGGUCACAGCGACGAGCCAGGAAAUCAACAACUCGACCCAAGUCCAAUGCCCUGAUGUCCGACCUCAAGGCCGAUGGUGAAGAUGAAGAAACCGUGCAGAUGACUGAGACCGGCCGACCUCGCCGCGCAGCAGCCCCGACGUUUGGUGGCGACGCCGCCACAGAAGUUGAAACAUCACGUCGCGGCGGUGCCAAAGACAGCGAUCAAGGCGAGAAGCCUGCUAGCAAGCGUGGUAGGGGAGGCGGUCCCGGUACGCGCGGAGGAAGAAGAGGGCGAGGUGGUGGUGCUCAGGCGCAGCAACAGCUGCCAGCUCCGGCAUCAUCAAGCAACCAGCCUCCUGCUGCACAACUAUCACAGACGCAAUUUCCGGCUACAAUCGCUCCUCACCAGCCCCUCGCCCCAGCGACAUCGAUUCCUCCUGGCGUGCCACUCAUUGCGAAACAGGAAGCUGGAACGAGGGAUAUUCACUCGGCUGAGAGCAUGAUCCGCAUCAAAGAACACGAGCGGGAGGCGACGGAGGAAUUCAUCCCCAAGCCCGCCAGGUCUUCUCGGAAUCGCAUUAAGGAUCCCAUCUACGUGUUCGAAGCCGCCGGUGGAGAUCACGACGUUGGUGGUAGCCACAAGCCGAGUGUAGAGAUGGGCGGAUACGGUUCGAUGCAGCCAACCAGCUAUUGGUCAGUCCCAGAAGUGCGAGACUUCCCCGUGCUUCUGGCCCACUUUGGCAUGGAUUACGACGGCAUCGCUGGCUUCAUGAAAACGAAGACCCCAGUUAUGGUCCGAAAUUACUACCAGCGUAAACUCGAUUCGGGCAACCAUGAAUUCGAAGAGAUUGUCAAAGUCGCUGAAGCAAAGAAGAUGCGAGGAGAGCCCACCGGCCCACUGCCAACGCCUAACCCGACUCCCAAAAGACGAUACGAGGCUACGCCUUCUGCAGUCUCCCAUCGACCAUUGGCGCCUCACACUGAUGUCGACCACCCAGAUGAUGUCCGCCUAAGCCAGAAGAGGGUUUCCUCUGCGAUGUCGCCACCCCCUGUGCAAAUGCGGCCAGCGCCAGACCUUGCUCCCGAUCGCAACAUGGGUAGGUAUCCCCCGCUGGCUCAAGCAACGGCAGCUCCUCUGGCCGCAAUGCCCGACGAUUCACGUGCUAUUCGACAAUCCGGUGGCCCCCCUGCCCCUCGUCCCUUUUCAGGGCCCCGGAUGGGAUUUUUCACCGAAGGCCGCGAACCACGAACUCACUCAGGAACAAGCACACUGGCAGCAUCGCGUGGACAGGAUCUGCAGCCAUCUCCGCGUGUGGCUGCGACCCAGGGUCCCCCGCAUCCAGACUUUGCCCGGCUUGAGCCCUUGCCUCCGCAAACUUUAAGAAGUCGAGUGGAUAUGCAUGUCCCAGGUCAAUAUCAACAGGGUGCGCCGCCACCGCUUUAUAUGCAACAAGCCCAGCAGGGCGGUGCUCCAGGUCAGUUUGCCCAGGCUAUUACAGGUUCACAUUCUCGGCAUCCUAGUCUAAACAAAGCGCCAGGCUCUCCCGCCCAAGGUAUGCCGAAGCAUACGCCGGACGUGUCUCCAAUACGUCGCUCUUCCUUUGGCCAGAGCCAACCUCCACCGAGCCAUUACCAAUAUGGUCCUCCUAUCCAUCAAUCAAGUACUCUCUCCCCAGUCAAGGAACCACCCACGCGAUCAAGUGCGACACCUGCUCCCCAAGAGCCUCCUCGUCAAGUACCUGCUAAACGAUCGAAUAUUAUGAGUAUUUUGAAUGAUGAUGCGGAAGAACCUCCGCCUCCACGUAAGCGAUUCGCAAGUGAGAUGACCUCAUCGCCUCGUAUGUCAGCAUACGGCAUGGCAGAGUCUGGCGGUGUGCAAGGAUCGCAUCUUCGCCAUGAAGAGAAACCAGCCUAUUAUUCCAGCCAAGCACCUCAGUCCCAACAGGCCGGUCGGUAUUCCGAUUACCCUUCAUAUCCUCCUCCAUCUUUGGGAGGAAGUUCUGCCAGUGGACCACCAAACCACGACUGGAUGGCAAGGUUUGAUCCUCGAAGCCAGUCUCAGCAACCCACAGAAGUUGUGCGUGCGACGCCAACACCGACUCCAGCUCCAGCGUCUCAGUACGGUAGUGGAUACCAGCCGCCAUCCAACAGCCAGCCUCCUACACCAUCUCAAAGCAACCCGCCCGGUUCGUCUCAUCGUGGAUACCAAGGGUAUCAAGGCGCGCCUACACCGCCGCACCUCACUCCCUCUGGCCGCGAUGCACCUCCUCCUUCAAGCAGUUCUGUCUAUCGCCAUCAAAAUGCUCCCUCUCCCCAGCCUCGCCAGAGCGUCUUGUCGUAUAGCUCGCGCCAAGCACCGUCUCCAGCCCAAUCUCCCGCUGCUCCCAUGAGCAUCCCACCUCCACGUCAGUCCUCCGGGCCGGGCCCUUAUAGUCCAUCAAUGGCACAUCUUCAAGCGGCACCGCCUCCUUCCCACCCGCUAGGUCCUCAGCAUCGGCAUUCUCACAGUGGCCAUCAAUCAUACCAGCAACACGUCCAGGCGAUGGUGAGCGGACAGCAGCAACAGCCACAGCAUUCGAGUCGACCGUCACUUGGUCUCUCAGGAGGUCCGCCAACUACGACAUCGUACACAUCAGCAUCUCAACAUGGUGGUCCUCCUCCGCCUCAUGGCACUUCGCGCUCAGCUCCUCUUAGUAACCCACCUCCUCAAUCAUUGGGCAUCGGACGACCUUUUACACCUCCCGCGGGCGUCCAUGCGCCUCCCCCUCCGGCGCCAUCAAUAGGCGGAAUGCUCUAUCCACCCAACUCUUCGUCCGCAGGACAUUUGCAACAUCACGCAUCCUACUCGCGACAUCCUGAGCCUAGUGGACCGCCACCUCCACCCGGCCAUCACCGAGUAUAUAGUCAGGGUGGAUCGCGACAGUAA